AUGACCUCUGAUGAUCAUUAUCUUGUUGAAACGCAGGCAAUUCUCUCAUUUCUUGCAGGAGCCGCACUCUCUUCAAACUAUCUAGUGAAUAUCCUCCCGAUCCUUAAACAUGUCCCAGAUUGGCUCCCUGGAGCGGGCUGGAAGCGAGAUAGCAAUAACGAGGGUGCUCCUGUCAUGGUUGCCUCCCUGAGAGCAGAUGCUCUGGAGAUAGGCUUAACAGAAGACGAAGCCGACGACUAUGUCUCACAGAUUGCCAUUACUAUGUUUUCCGGAGGGACAGACACUACUGUUAACACGUUGAUCAUGUUUUUCAUGGCCAUGGUGCUGUACCCGGAUGUCCAGAAGAGAGCGCAGGCCGAGAUAGACUCGAUGCUAGGGCACUCUCGAUUACCUAAGGUCGAAGAUCGGCCUCGGCUCAAGUACGUGGAUAGAGUUGUUCAGGAAACGCUCAGGUGGGGUCCGGUUACGCCAAUUGACGAUAUAUACAAAAGCUACCGGAUACCCAAGGGUGCAAUUGUAAUGGGCAAUGUUUGGGCAAUGACUUGUGAUAAAAACGUGUACAAGGAUCCAGAAGUUUUUGAACCAGACCGGUAUUUAGAUCCUGCUACUCCGUUUUCACCAGUGUUUGGGUGGGGUCGUCGUCGUUGCCCAGGCAUUCAUCUUGGACAAUCAUCACUCUUCAUUACGAUCGCCUCUAUUUUGAUGACGUUCGAUAUCGGCACAAUUAUAGAUAGCGAUGGGAAGGAAGUGCUUCCUGGUGGGAAGAUGAUUAACGCAAUAGUCCUUACUCCAGAACGCUUUGAAUUUGAGCUGACCCCUCGGUCUGCGAAGCACGAAGAACUAAUAAGAGGUGGCCUUUAA